UACGUCGUCCGAGGGGGCGGGGCCACGUUCAGCGCAGUUAGUGGAGGUGGCAGCUCAGAUGCUCCGUUCGUCCCGACUCGUUUAGUCUGUUAAGUAGCUCCUGGUCCAAUUAAGCUAGGCAGGGUAGAAGUCCGCGUGCGCGUGUCAACAUUCAGCCUGGAACACUGCUUUAAGAGUGAGCGCGCGCGCUUCUCCAGAGCACCAUGACGACCUGAAAUGACAGCCCGCCAUCCACGGACGAACCCCACUACUAAGAGAACCAACGGUUGUCGAGAUGUUGGCGUUCUUCUGAGGUAGAGCUGCUGGUCGCGACUUGGACUCACUAAUUAAGCCUUUAUAAGCUACUACAAGUUAGCGGUCGUCGGCCUAUUAUCUCCUGACGUCGCGGAGUUUCGUCGCUGACGGUGGAAGCGAAAAGCUGAACAUGGACACCUCCACGGAUGUGCUGCUCGUGACCGCAAACGUCGGCUCCCUCUUUGAUAAUGUCGGUGAAAUUCAGAAUGGAUGGCUGCAAGAACUCUUCAAGGCAAUCCACAAAUACAAGCCGCAGUUCAUUGCUCUGCACUUCCAGGAAGUGGGAGGGAAGGACUACAUGGUCAACAUGGGCAACGCAGAAAACUUCUUCUGGUUACUUGAGUCCAGCGAAGAACUGAAAGACUAUGACAGGACUUGCAUUUAUGUAGACAGCCAGUUUCAAGCAGAAGACAGCUUCACGGCUUUGGGGAACAUGUACUUCAUCCACAAAACACUGAAAAAUGUCUACCAGUAUGACUUUAAUGUUAAAGAUUUCAAAGCAGUGCUGGGGCAGAACAAGUAUGUGGGCUGUCUGGACACCGUGACCACCGUGGAGAAAGAGAAAUUCCCAAAGAAUUUCUGGCCUAACUUCAAGUGGUCCAGAAAGGGCUUCAUGAGGACUCGCUGGAUCAUCCACAACCAAGGUCUGGACUUGGUCAACAUCCACCUGUUCCAUGAUGCCUCCAACCUCAUUGCCUGCAACGCCAGCCCCUCCAUCUACUCAGCCAACCGCAAAAACGCUCUCAGAUAUGUCAUCAACAGGUUGUCAGAUGAUCGCUACACGUCCUUGCCUUUCUUCCUCUUUGGAGAUUUUAACUUUCGGUUGGACACUCUUAGUCUGGUCCAGCAUCUGUGCACUGAAGCGGAGGUGCAGACCGUGAAGGACGGCAGCAACGAAGUGCAGAAAAUCUUUUGUGAGGAGAAGGACAAUGAUCACCAGGUGCUGCUUCAUAUUGAAGAGAAGCUGUUCCAAUAUCUGCACCAGGCGCUGUUCAGAGAGGACAACGGCAGAGCUCUUUUGAUUUAUGACAAAGAAACAUCAGCAUUUCACGAUGAUAUAAAGGAGGAGGACAUCACAUUUCCUCCCAGCUACCCGUACAGUGAAGACUACAGUAAACCAACUCAGUACAUGAACACUCGCUGUCCGGCCUGGUGUGAUCGCAUCCUCAUGUCGCACUCUGCUCACGACGUCAUCCACAGGGGUGAAGAUGAUGAGAAGACCAUUGUUUACAACACAGUGGGGACAAAUGUGUGUAUGGGAGACCAUAAGCCCGUUUUCUUGUCCUUCCCACUGAAGACAAAUUCUCAUUGACUUUGAAACUCUCCAUGAUCUAAAACCACAUACCCUCUGAGUUCAGCCAAAGUGGAAAAUCAGCACGAUGACUCACUACAACAAACCCCGCUGCCUCCAGCUGGGCUCAUCCCAGCCUCACUGAGGAAGUGUCUGCUGUCCCGUCACAGCUGCCCCCCUUCCUGCUGACCCGUCCUCAGUGCUACAGGAAUGUGUGACACAGUGACUCCACUUUUCUACUCAUUCUUAUCAAAUGUAGACUAAAAUCUGUCCUAUGGCUAAAACUAGUUUUUAUUUUUGAGUUAAAUCAUAAGACUGUGAUUGUAAAACUGAAUGUUAAAAGACUUCAGCAUAAACUAUAUUUUAUCUUUUAACACAAAAUAUUUUUCUGAAAUAGUUUAUGAAUUAAAAACAACGAUAACAAGAGUUUCACAGAUUUAAUUAUUUCCUCCUUUGUUAUAAGCUCACAAAGUUUCAAUUUGUUUACAAAGCAAAAAGUACAUAAGCAUACAAUUUUUUCUGUCUUUUAUUUAAUUGAAAACUUUGUGAAUUUGGGACCUUUCAGGUUAUUUUUCCCCAUUUGAUCUCAUUUCAUUUGCAGUGAAACACAUUUUAUAGGAGCAGAGACAUAAGAAAUAUGAGAAAAGACAAAACCAUAAACGAUGAUGUUAGUUUAAAAAGGUAAAGCUCACAAAAGACUCUCUACCAUGAUCUAUAGAACCAUAUGUGGACAGGAAAUGGGAUUUUUAGGGUCUCCAAAAAGGAAAAAAAAAGCCCCAGGGGCUUUCCUGUCCAUUACAGCUGUAACAGAUUGGGAACGAACGGACAAGGUGGAUUAAAUUUUAUGGAUUUAAUCUGAUGACAGAUUUUCAGCUUUAAAUCUAAAUUUAAAUCUUAAAUGUAAAUGUAUUUACAGCUUUUAACAUGUUCAAAAGGAAACUAUUGAUCUAUUUUGCCUUAAUACCUAAUAAAAAAUAAAUUCAACAGACAAGGUGGGUGUACAAAACCUGUAGACCCGGGAAGGAGGGUCUAAGGGCAGGGAUGCCCAGUUCAGCUUAGUCUGUUUAGUUCAGCCAUUACCUUUUGAAUUCUAUGACUUCAUGUUCUUUAUGAUUUCAUGUUCACUUUACAAUUACUGGUAUGAAGCUCAUUGAGACGACUAUUGUUGUAAUGUUCGGCUAUAUAAAUAAAAUUGAAUUGAAUAGAUCAUGUCUUUUUCAUAAAGAAGAAUCAAAGUUUAAUAUGAAAUGAAAAUCACUUAAAAGAAGUCCUGGGUUCCUGAAGUCUGCAUUUAGGUAAAUGUACAAUGAUUGUGUGAUUUUUGUGUGUGUGUGUGUGUUUGGUCAUUUUCAGUUAGGGUUUUAGGUCUAGCAACACUCAGUCUAAAUUAAUGUCCUCCAGUGUAAACACAUUCAAAGAUUAGAAUCAGAAAUGUUUUAACACCUACAGGGAUUUGCUGCAGGUUCUUAAGGUUGUAAUAACUGUAAAACAAAAAACCUUGUAAAUAUGUUUACUGUAACUUUCUUUGUAAUGUUCACCCUCAUCAUCAGAAUGUCUGUUCUUUUAAAACACGUAUUCCUCUCUAUGGUCCUUAAAUAUCAAGUGUCACAUUGAUUCAACUGUGCGAUUGUUACGACUCUUCUGCAUGUCAUUCAAACUGUAGUUCAGGAUUACUUUUAACUAUAAGACAGAUGGAUGAUAUCAAAUGUUUGAUGUUUUUUAAUUACACAAUUUCCUUAACAUGUGGCUGGGUCACUGUAAUAUGUUGUUGUUUUUUUCUUUUUAAAGAUAGAGUAGAAAUAACACUAGAAGGCGAAGGGCCCAGUGACCCUUUUAAAGCAACACAGAAUCACCUGCAGCAGUUUUCCAUCUGCUUUGCUUCUUAUGUAACAGCCAGAUUGGAACCUCCACAGCUUUACAUCCCAAGCUGCAGCACUGCUGGUUUCAUUCAGAACCUUUAGCUGAAGUCUCAUUAAAGUUAAGAGAUGUGUCAUCGCAACAACCAAUAUCCAAAUGUUUGCCUCUUCUGUCUUUACUCAAUUCUGCAUGUUAGCAUCAUGUAGUUUCUUUUCUGCUGUUUCUCUUUGUUCCCUCUUAUUGUCCCGAACUGAAGCUUUGAUUCAGUAAAUGUGUUUUCAAUGAUCAGUUUGAUGAUUUGAUUUUGUGUCAAAAACGUUUGCUGUUUGCUCUGUUUUGCUUCCAGAGCGUUUAGUGAUGGACUGUCCUACACGUGUAACGGCGUGCCCGCAUGAGUUCACAAAUAUUCAAGCAAAGUCUCGAACAUUAUUGGAGUUGAGCUGUUUCGCCGAAUCAGAAAUCAGCGCAGACGUUUGUGAAGAGUGGAACCAUUCUGUAAUAUAAUGUGAUGUCAGCAGUGGGCUUGGAGUUUAGGCCAGUAUUUACUUUGAAUUUACUUAAGUCAAACUUCAUGUCAUUUUACUUUUGUACAUAAAGUUCUUCCCUAAAAUAAAAAGUGUCUUCAUC